GUGUGUGUGUGAGAGAGAGAGAGAUAGGGAGAGGGAAAGAGAAGUUCAGUCCUGAUCAUUGGGACCCUCAGGACCACACCAGUAUUUUUAAUCUGACAUUCGCUUACUUAAAUUAGGCUAUUUAGAGUUUUAAUAUGGAACAGUUCAUAUAAACACACCUAUUUUCCUACGAGAAAUGUUUUAAAAAGCAAAAUAGCAAUAGUUAACGUGAGCAUUUUGAACGAACACUCUUCAGCUGUAAGGAUUUCAAUUGCACUGGAUGUUAUGGAUUUGCUAUUUUUGCACACUGGACAUUUAUUUUGUGUGGAAGCUACGUCGACGACAUAGUUGUGGGAUUUCCUUCUGACUGAAGGCGAUUAAUUUCGGAAGUUUUUUCGGUUUCAAUGAGUCCUUGCGUCCAGCAGUGGACGAUGCUUCAAGUUCUCGGCGGAUUUCAGAUAGAGUGAAACUGACGGAUAGGCGUCGGGAUUUGAAGGAGUCAUUCCUCUCCUAAAACACCCCUCGGGGAUUCUCGCCUCUUCCUCUGAAGACCUGUUUCCCAUCCAUCAGCGAGCACAAAGACUGGAACUGAAAAUAGCCUCCUGUAGUUUUGUCGAUAUCACACUCAGGAUGCAAACCGUUUCAACGGUUACCGGUCUCAGUUUCUAAUCGCAAACCAACUUAACGUUUCACGAGCCUGAGAGACGUGGAAGCACAACAAAUUAAGAUUCUUGAGAAAAACAGAGGUGGAUUACAGCAGCCAUGGCGGCCAUAGCAACAGUGCCCAACUACACCCCCUCAGUAUGGGUACGGUUAUGCCAUGCCAUCCCUCGCCUGAGCUUAACCAUGCAGAUGCGAGACAGCGUGUUCACUCCAGACAGCUGGGAGUACCAGCAGACUCUGCUAGUGUUGUCCAGCUUCUCUGCCAUCGCUCUUGUACUCUCGCUGCUGGUGAUUCUGUGUUUCCUCAUCCACUACUGCUGCUGCCAUCGGGGCGAAUCAGGCAGAGAUGCAGAGGAGGAAGAAGAAGAUGAUGAUGCCAGCGGUGGCCAUGGUUACAGUGGCAAAAAGGGGCGGGGCAUCUGCUGUGUCACAUGGGUGUCGGUUGCAGCCGUCACAUUGUGUUGUGUUGCCAUAGGCGUUGGUUUCUACGGCAAUAGUGAGGCGAACGAUGGGAUGUAUCAGUUGACCUCAUCCUUGCUCACUGCCAAUUACACACUGGCGUCCAUCGAUCUUCUGGUUUCAGACACUAUUUCCGGCCUCCAGCGGUCAGUCUCAGGGCCCUUGACCUCUAUGGAGGAUGUGUUUGGAGGACACAAACCAGCGCUGGUGCCCACGCGCUCUUGCAGGCGUCUGUCAGAGCGGGUCGUGUCUCUGCUCUCCAACCUGACACUGGGAAGAGGCCUGAUCCCCAUCGCAGAUGGCUUUUACAGGACAAACGGAAGUGAAAGUAUAGUGGGAGCCCUCACUCCUGCUCCACCUUCUGUAGCGCCAACCCUCAGUCCAUCCGCCAACAGCAUUCCUGCACCAUUCUCUCCUGGAUGGGCAGCAAACACCCUCAUGGUGAAUGAAGACUACAGGUGGCUGUCAUAUGUGCUGCUGCUUUUGGUGGAUCUGGUGGUGUGUUUCUUCAUUCUCCUGGGUUUAGCCAAACAGUCCCGCUGGCUACUUAUUCUGAUGACAGUGCUGGCCUGGUUGUCUCUGUUUAUGAGCUGGGGUUCUCUGGGUCUGGAAACACCCACUGUGGUGGCCCUGAGUGAUUUUUGCUUUGACCCAAACACAUUUGUGCUCAACUCCACUCACUUCAACUCUGGGACAAGCCCAGAAGUCCUGGAUUAUUUCCUAACCUGCAGCAGGAAGAUGAGCAGCCCUUUCCAACAGAUACUGACCCAGUCCCAGAGAGCACUUUCCAGCAUCCACUCUCAUCUUUCCAGCCUGGAGAGAGAUGCUCUUCCACGCUUCCCAAAAGCAGAGAGGUCACUCAGGGAGGUUCAGCAGAUCCUCAACACCACCGAGGGAAACUUCCAUCAGCUGGUUGCUCUUCUCAACUGUCGAGGCCUGAACAAGGAUUACGUGGACUCUCUGAAAGGCCUGUGCUAUGAUGGGAUGGAGGGGCUGCUCUAUCUGUCUCUCUACUCUUUUCUCUCCGCUUUGGCCUUCACUGCUAUUCUUUGCUCCCUCCCUGGAGCCUGGAGGAGCUUCCACAGUGAUUCAGACGAUUAUGAAGACUCGGACAGUGAAAGCGAGGACCCCUUCACUUCUCAUCAGGACUCCAAACGUUUCCUCCAAUGGCAACCCUGGUUAUGAGAACCUGCCUUUGAGUGACAGACAGUCCCCACCCCCCUCUUACUCUCCCAGCAUGCUGACUGGCUACGGCGGCAGUCAAUCACACUCCAACCCCUCCCAUUCAAGAAACUUGUACUCGCACUAAUUAUUUUUCUGUAUAAUAGAAAAGAAAGCUAUAUAGCCAGGUUUAGUUUUCAUAUGGAUGGACACUUUAUGAGACGGGAGACUAAUUUAAAACAUUACGUGUUAAAUAUCCGUGCGUAGCGUCAGUACCAUUGAGUCAUUUGGGUGUAACAGACUUACGAAAACCCCGUCACUUCCUCUCCCUCUAGUGUCAAUCUGUACAUAGCUGGUGGAAACAAGAUGGUAUUGACGUUACAGUAGUGCUCUAUUUUUAAACGUAUAACCACUUUAUUUUGGAGUUUUGAUAUUGUUAUAUGUAGUCACAGAAACAUAGUGGCGAUGGCACAAUUUCUUUGUAUGAUUAUACAGUUUUCUCUUCACCUUUCUUUUUUAAAUAUUUGACAGAACCCUAUUUUAUAAGUGGCGAUGCUGUACUACCUUGUAUACCCUCUGGUAUGAUUAUUUAUAUAAAAAAUAUACGAAUAAUGUUUAUAUAUAUAUAUAUAU